AAAAAAGUAUUAUUUUAUAUUUUAUUAUAAAUUAAUAAUAAUAUUGGAAAAAAAAAAACUCAGCCCACCCUCUCUUCAUUUGUUCCGUUUUCACGUUUCAGCCUGCAACUUCACGCAGCCGUGCCUUGUGACUCUCUCUCUCUCUCUCUGAACGCAGCCAUUGCUAAUUUCUGCAACUUUGGUGAAUGAAACUCACCAUCUUCAAGCAGCAAACGCUCAAAUGUCCAAAUUAACCCCAAAAUCAAUGCAAUUUUGCUUCUUCUUUUUCUUCAUCCUCUGCUUCGCCUUCCAUGGAAGCCCCCAAGCCACCACGAGUGAUCAAGAGCAAGCCGUCCUCCUCAAACUAAAGCAACACUGGCAAAACCCACCUGCCAUAGCCCACUGGAACUCGGCCAAUGGGUCCCACUGCACCUGGCCGGAGAUUACAUGCGCCGACGGCUCAGUCACUAGAAUCCAGCUUGUCAACAUGAACAUCACCGGACAAGUCCCAUCUUUCAUAUGCGACCUAAAGAACCUCACGGCCAUUGAUCUUCAGUUCAACUACAUCCCAGGAGAAUUCCCCACUGUUCUCUACAACUGUUCCAAGCUCCAGUACUUAGACCUCUCUCAGAACUACUUCGUCGGCCGGAUUCCUGACGACAUCGACCGCCUCACACAGCUUCAGUUCCUCAGUCUCAGCGCAAACAACUUCUCCGGGGAUAUUCCGCCGGCUAUUGGGCGAUUCCCGGAGUUAAGAAAACUAUUGCUUUUUCAAACUCAGCUCAACGGUUCUUUCCCGCCGGAGAUUGGGAACUUGUCCAAUCUUGAAGAUCUAGAAUUGGCUUAUAAUGGUUUUGUGCCGUCGGCGAUACCUUCAAAUUUUGCCCAGUUGAAGAAACUGAAGAAGUUUUGGAUGGCAAAAGCAAAUUUGAUCGGAGAAAUCCCGGAAGCAAUCGGAGAGAUGACGGCGCUCGAGUACUUGGAUAUAACGUAUAACGAUUUAACAGGGGAAAUCCCGAACAGUUUGUUUCAGCUGAAGAAUUUAAUGCACUUGUAUCUUCACGACAACCAAUUGUCCGGGGAGAUUCCAUCCUCUGUUCAAUCUCUGAACUUGGUCGACAUUGAUCUUGGCCAAAAUAACUUGAACGGGACAAUCCCAGAAGUUUUUGGAAAGCUUGAAAGCUUAUCUCUAUUGAGUUUGUUCGCAAACCAAUUGUCCGGCGAGAUUCCGGCGAGCAUUGGACGGAUCCCAUCCCUUACGGAUGUUAAAUUGUUUAGCAAUAAUCUGUCAGGAGUUCUCCCUCCGGACUUCGGGCGUUAUUCGAUGCUCGAAGCGUUCGAGGUCGCCGACAACAAGUUUACAGGGAGCUUGCCAGGGCAACUUUGCGCCGGCGGGGUGCUGGUCGGUGUGGUGGCCUUUAAAAACAAUUUAACCGGAGAAUUACCGGCGUCGCUCGGGAAUUGCAGUAGCCUGGAAAUUGCCAAGCUCUCCGGCAACCGGUUUUCGGGCAACAUUCCGGCCGGCCUGUGGUUAUCGUUUAACCUAUCAACCUUGGCAGUAAGCGACAAUUUUUUCACGGGGACGCUGCCGGAAAAAUUGGCUCGAAACCUUUCAAGGCUGGAGAUCAAUAACAAUAGAUUUCAUGGUGAAAUUCCUGUUGGGGUGUCAUCUUGGACGAAUCUGGUAGUGUUUGAGGCAAGUAACAAUCUCUUUACUGGGUCAAUUCCUCGGGAGUUGACAGCUCUUCCUCUUCUGAUGACUCUUUCGCUCGCCGGAAACCAACUCUCCGGGGAGCUUCCGUCGGACAUAGUCUCAUGGGAAUUUUUAACCACUUUGAAUCUAAGUAGGAAUCGGCUCUCCGGUCAAAUUCCAGCAGAAAUUGGCUCCUUACCGCGCCUCAUUGAUCUAGACUUAUCAGUAAACCAUUUUUCCGGCAACUUCCCGGCGGCUCUAGCCAGCCUGAGCCAGAAGCUCAUUGAGCUCAACCUCUCUUCCAACAAUCUUUCUGGGAGAAUUCCACUUCAAUUUGAAAACACAGUUUAUAGCAGCAGCUUCAACGACAAUCCUGCUCUUUGUUCGAGCAACCCCUCUCUUAAUCUCAAAUCCUGCACACAAGCUCAAAGAACCUCGAAAUCGAGCAAAGAUUCUACCCGAUUCUUGGCCGUGACUUUGAGCAUUGCAAUUGCAGUUUCAGUUUUUGCUAUGAUGUUUACCCUUUUUAUGUUCAGAUCCUACUGCAGGAAGAAACACAGUUUGGAAUCAACCUGGAAGCUCACAUCGUUCCAGAGGUUGGGUUUUACAGAUUCCAAUAUCGUGUCGAAUUUGACAGAAAACAAUCUGAUCGGAAGUGGUGGUUCAGGGCAGGUUUUCCGGGUUGCCGUGAAUCACCCGGGAGACUUUGUUGCUGUCAAGAGUAUUUGGAGUAAUUCAAAGUUGGACCAUAAGCUCGAAAAGGAGUUUCUAGCAGAAGCACAGAUUCUGAGCUCAAUUAGACACUCCAACAUAGUAAAACUGCUAUGUUGCAUUUCCAGCGAUGAUUCGAAACUCCUGGUCUACGAGUACUUGGAGAAUCGUAGUUUGGAUCGCUGGCUGCAUGGAAAGAAGAGGAGACCGGGAGUAAACUUGGUUCACCAUGUGGUUUUGGACUGGCCUAAGAGAAUGCAGAUUGCAGUGGGAGCUGCUCAGGGACUCUGCUACAUGCACCACGACUGCUCACCGCCCAUCGUUCACCGAGACGUGAAAUCCAGCAACAUUCUUUUGGACACCGAGUUCAAUGCAAAAAUUGCAGAUUUUGGUUUAGCCAGGAUGUUGAUGAAGCAGGGAGAACCCAACACAGUCUCAUCGGUGGCUGGCUCUUUCGGCUACAUGGCUCCUGAGUAUGCUCAUACAGCAAGAUUGAAUGAGAAGAUCGAUGUUUAUAGCUUCGGAGUAGUCCUUCUGGAGUUAGUGACAGGGAAGGAAGCAGGAGAUGGAGGCGAAAAUGGUUGCCUUGCUGAAUGGGCAUGGCAGCAUAUUCAGGAAAGCAAACCUAUAGUGGAAGCUUUGGAUGAUGAUGUCAAGGAAAAAUGUUACCUGGAUGAGAUGUGUAGUGUGUUCAAACUUGGUAUUAUUUGUACCGGCACUCUGCCAUCAUCCAGGCCUUCCAUGAAGGAGGUUUUGCGGGUUCUGCUGCGAUGCAGAAACCAACAGCUCGCUUACAGGGGGAACGCUAAAAGUGAGUAUGAAGCUGCUCCCCUGCUAAAGAGUUAUAUGCACGGGAAGAGUGAAAAUGAUCACAGUUUUGCAUCAAAUGUGUGAUAAACAUAAAACGGAAGAGAUUCAGAAGCUUGGCUCAAGGGAAAUAAGGUUUUCCAAGAAUGCUCGUGGCUUCUCUAAAGUAGCGUGUUUAAAGGAAUGCAUGGAGAUGUAGAGUAUUGAGCAUAAUCAGCCAUAGUGUUGUGUCACGAGCUAAGCUUAUUCAGGGCAUUAUGUUUGCCUGUGACCGCUUAUCUUGUGUGCUUGGGAUGAAUUUACAUCAUGUAAAUACUAGUAUAGGAUUAUUUUCUACUAGUAGUGUCUUUGUAUGCCAAAUAAGGCAGCAUGACUCCUCGGUCACUUUAAUGUUUCCUAGUGUACGUCAGGAUAAUAAUUACAUAAAAACCUCUUUAGGGGAGGGUGAGUGUUCAUCAGUUAUUGUAAAAUUCACUAGCUAUUGUCAACGUGUUUAGCCUACUUGCCUCCUUCGCUAAACACAUGACGUCAAUGGAGGUGUUGUUAAUGAAUUUAGGAGAUUCAAUGGUUA